AUGGCAUCCAGGUCCAUCACCGAAACUGCCACCUCGGCCACCAAGUCGGCCAGGGAAACAACCAAAGCCGCCAUCGAGAACCCUUCAGCCGCAGCAACCACCUUUCUGCGCCAUCCUUACAUGAAAGCUGCCCUUCCCUUCAUCAACGGUGGUUUGGCCGGUAUGACAGCCACCGUUGUGAUCCAGCCCGUCGAUAUGAUCAAGGUGCGUUUGCAAUUGGCUGGAGAGGGCCAAAAGACUGGACCCAAGCCCACCGCAUUAGGCAUCACCAAAAACAUAAUUGCUUCUGGCAAAGUUCUCGAUCUGUACACCGGUCUAAGUGCCGGACUUCUCAGACAAGCAGUCUACACUACAGCCCGGCUCGGAUUCUUUGAUACGUUUAUCUCCGUUGCCAAGACCCGCGCUACAGAACAGGGGCGGAAUGUCAGCUUCGGUGAACGAGCCCUGGCAGGCCUUACCGCUGGAGGAUUGGCUGCUAUGAUAGGCAAUCCAGCGGAUCUCGCGCUCAUUCGUAUGCAAUCCGACGGACUGAAGCCCGUAGAAGCUCGCGCCAACUACCGCUCUGUGAUCGAUGCUCUUUCUCGAAUUUCCAAAGCCGAGGGCGUCGGCGCCUUAUGGGCCGGUGCGACCCCAACCGUUGUUCGAGCCAUGGCCUUGAAUUCGGGUCAACUUGCUUUUUUCUCGGAGUCGAAGACUCAACUGAAAACUCACACCAACUGGUCUCCUCAGACCCAAACUUUUGCGGCUUCUGCUAUUGCGGGAUUCUUUGCCAGUUUCUUAUCUUUGCCAUUCGACUUUGUCAAGACUCGUCUCCAGAAACAGCAAAAGAACCCCGCGACUGGCGAGCUUCCAUACAAGGGACUUUUGGACUGUGCCCGCAAGGUCAUCAGAGAUGAGGGCUGGCUUCGAUUCUACCGAGGUUUCGGAACCUACUAUGUCCGCAUUGCGCCUCAUGCAAUGGUGACUCUUAUUGUGGCUGAUUACUUGAAUCUCAUUACCAAGUAA